GCGAGCACGCUUGAUGGUACGAGGCUCACAGUCAGCAAGACGGCCGAACGGCACUCUCGCAGGGCCAGCAAGCCGCGCUCGCCGACGCUAGACGCCAUGGCGGCGGCCGAGGUAACCCGCGACAAGACUCAGGACUCGACGAAGUCCACCGUCGCUAAGAGCACGCAGAUGCGGUCGGCUCAGGCACAGAGCUUCUGGAGCAUGUACUCUUCCGUCGCGGCGCACAUAAAUCCAACGCGCUACAUCACGGUGGCCGAUCUGGCGUGUGCGGUGGCCACCGUCCUGGCCAUUGCGGUGCUCAUCCUGAGCCUCACCAUGUUCGUCAGCAGGCCCCCCAAUUCCGGCGUGGAGAACGUGGUCGUGAGCGGUCGAUUCGGUCGCGUCCAGGGACUCAGUCACAAGGUGUUCGGCUACAUGGACGUGUACGCCUUCCUUGGCGUGCCGUACGCCCACCCGCCUGUCGGAGAGCUGCGAUUCCGGCGUACCUUCACGGACUACAGCGUCGAUGUCAGACGGGUGUGCUUGCCUUGAGUGAAACUCUAUCUCGCUCUAGUGUAGAAUAAAGCCAUGUCCCAGUUUAAAAAGCGACAGCAAAGAAUACGGAGUUUCAGAAAUGGCAGACGCAAGCUGCUUGGCGUAAGCAAGAACAGCGUUAGCGGCAGUGCGACACACGCAGAAUCCAAACUAGCCAAACUCGCGUUGCUUUUUUUUU